GUCAAUCCGCUGGCGAUUCGAAUCAGAAAUCUCCCGCGAUUAAAAAAAAAAACAAAAGCCCAAAUCCCACUGGCCCGGUUUGCACGGGGCUGGCGGCGCUGAAUGGGCGAGUGAUCGGGGGCGCCCGGAAUUUCGAAAAAAUCUUCGGGACAAUGGAGCUGAAGGUGGAUGACGAGAACGGAACCGAGAGGCAGUUGUACUUGGUUGGCACACCAAGGGAUCCUCUUGUGUCUUCGGGGGCGAUGGUGGAAACUGGCGGGUCCGAGGAGAUCAACUCUGGAGGAGAUCUACAGUCGAGCGCUCUCGUCGGUCUGAUGGGAGCGCAAUCUUCCUCAGUUUGCUUCCCUGCUAAAUUCACAUACGAUUACUCUCCCAGUCCGAUAAGUGAAGAGCGUCAAACUUCAGGAAGUUUAGGAAAACGAAAGCAGCGCAGGUAUCGAACCACUUUCACAAAUUUCCAACUUGAGGAACUUGAACGUGCCUUUCAGAAAACCCAUUAUCCAGACGUCUUUUUCAGAGAAGAGCUUGCACUUCGGAUUCAACUCACGGAGGCUCGAGUUCAGGUGUGGUUUCAAAAUAGACGAGCAAAAUGGAGGAAGCAGGAAAAACAAUGUAAAGGAAAUCACUUAGGUCCUCACAUGGGUGCGAAUGAUUGUCAGGAGGUCCAACAACAGCAACACCAACAACAACAUCAGCAACAACAAGAUCACCUUUUAUUAGAACCUCCACUAGGAAGUCCACCUCCGAUUUACCUUGGCAUGGAAUGGGCUGGAUUUUCGCCUUAUACUAAUAACUCCACAUCUCCUCUAAUAGUCAAUGGCAUGAACAAACCACAAGAUGCAGACGAUAGUCCACUUUUAGACCCGGACCUGCUGCAGUUGAAAUCGCCUCGAUCUUAAUUGCUAUGAGUAACAAAAUUAAUAAAAAAUCUUAAUUUGAGGCGUGAUGUUCCUUUCACUAGGGUGUUUGUAUUAUCAGUAAAAUAUUUAUUAUAAU